UAUUCCUUCGUGGUGACAAUCAAGAAAAGUUUGGGUAUGUUUAUUGCAGUUUGCGGCUUUUAUUUUGAUCUCGAUUUAAAAUAAUUGUUUACGGCAAACUGUGAAUUAAAGUAUUAUAUGAAGUGCAUUAAAGAUGGAGUACAAAUUUGAAAAAUAUAUUGACUGUCAACAAGGAGCAGUGCGAUCUGUAAGAUUCAGUGUUGAUGGUGCUUAUUGCGUAACUUGUGGCUCGAACAGGAGAAUAAAGCUCUGGAAUCCUUACAAAGGAACUCACCUCAAAACUUAUAGUGGUCAUGGAGAUGAAGUGAUGGAUGCACAAGCUUCUUGUGAUAGUAGUCAAAUAGUUUCUUGUGGUUUGGAUAAAUCUGUAAUUGUCUGGGAUGUUGCAACUGGAACUCCUGUUCGAAGAUUUAGAGGACAUUCAGGAGCAGUCAUGACUGUCAGAUAUAAUGAAGAGUCUACAAUGGCGAUUUCGGGCUCCCGAGAUAAUUCCGUAAUGUGUUGGGACACGCGUUCCAGAGCUCAGGAUCCUGCACAGACUCUCAAUGAUGCUAAAGACACGAUAUCCAGCAUUCGAGUUUCUGAUUACGAAAUUUUGACUGGAUCUUUUGACUGCAGAAUUCGAAAAUACGAUAUAAGAAAUGGCGAACUCGUUGCUGAUUAUUUAGGAGCAAUCGUUACAUGUGCAAGUUUUACAAGAGACGGACAGUGCAUCCUAGUCAGUUGUGCAGACGGAGUCAUCAGAUUAAUUGACAAAGACACCGGAGAACUCCUCGGUGAAUUUUUGGGCCUUCCACCCACCAAUUUGUGCCUGGAAUCCAGUGUGGAUUCUAAUGACACACGUAUUCUUUCUGGCUCGAGUGAUGGAAAGCUCUGGAUUUGGGAUCUCGCGACACAAAACGUCGUUGCAAAGUUGUCUGGGGACAAACCAACGAAACACGCUACUGUUUCUAUCAGUGUCCAUCCCCAGAAAAAUUGUUUUCUUGCUGCGAAUGGAAUGAACAUUCUAAUGUGGGAAACGGAAACUGAAACAGAAACUGAAACUAAUGCUUAGAAAAUAUUAAAAUAAGAAAGUACUUGUAAAUAAAUUUCUGUUUAGUAUUAAAUUAAUUUA